AUGACAUCAUAAAACGCCACAGGAAAGAGCAAACCAAUGCCAGCGCUGUUGGGGACAGGCAAAGGCAGCAGGUCAAGAACAGGAAUUCAUCACACGGGUAUGGGCGGCCCCGUUUCCGCACCUGGAUGCAGAGGAAUUUGCAAGGACCUAACCGUUUUAGAAGAGGGUUUGGACAACAACAAUACAAUCGGAGACAAUUCAAGAAUACUGUGCCCGGUCCCAGGAGAAGAGCAGCUGCCACGUUAAAUGGAGUGAGCCCUUUAAAUCGCCAGGCAUUGGCUCAGGAGGGCAACAAGAACAAUGAUGCCUUCACCAAAAGCAGUAGUGGGCAGCCAGAGGGACGGCAACGGCCACCCCCAGGCCCCAAGAGAUUCAGAGCAGCUGCUGCCAGCACCCACCCCUCAGGGAGAAGGCCUUUCUUGCUAAACAGGGGACCAGCCUUCCAGCAGAAGCGGAUGCAGCAGCGUUUCUCCAAAGCCAACUUCCAGAGAGGGCAGAUGGAUCGUAAUGGAGAAGGGAAACCACCAAGGAUGAGAAGGUGGCAAGUGAAACCCAGCCCUGGAGCAGUUCUGACAGUUUCUGUGGCUAAUCCCCAGGCAGGCCAGACUGGCGUGCCUGGAUCCAAGCGGCCGUUCCUGCGAAGCCAGAGGCCCUUGCCACGGGUGGCCAAGCCCCAGCCCAAGGGAGUGCUCCUGAGAUUCAAUUUCCGCGCGAUGGCCAACCAGACCAGCCUGACGCUGGAUGAGAGGUUCUCUGGUCUGAGGAAUAAGAGGCGCUUUACAGCAGCCAGGAGUGCCGGUCGGACGGUCACCAUGCCUUAG